GGUGCCGCUGCCCGAGCCGAGCGGCCGCGGCCCGGCGGCUGAGGGAGCGGCGCGGCCCGACAUGCCUGCCGGGCCCUCGGCGCAGGUGUUGUUUGGAUUGUAGCAUAGAGGCACUAUGUACUCAGAGUGGAGAUCCUUGCAUCUUGUCAUUCAAAAUGAUCAGGGGAAUACCAGUGUACUUCACAGCUAUCCUGAAAACGUGGGGAGAGAAGUGGCAAAUGCAGUGGUGCGUCCUCUUGGACAAGCUUUAAUUACAUCCUCUGUUGGAAGUGAGAGUUUACUAAAAACAGACAAAGAAGUAAAAUGGACUAUGGAAGUGGUUUGUUAUGGACUGACUCUCCCUCUGGAUGGCGAUACUGUGAAAUACUGUGUGGAUGUAUAUACAGAUUGGAUUAUGGCUCUCGUGUUACCUAAGGACUCCAUUCCCUUACCUGUCAUUAAGGAACCAAACCUUUAUGUUCAAAGCAUUCUCAAGCAUCUCCAAAACCUCUUUGUACCGAGACCAGACCCAGGAUCCAGUCAGAUCAGGUUGUGCUUGCAGGUUUUGAAAGCUGUCCAGAAACUGGCUCAUGAAUCGACAAUUAUGGCAAGAGAAACCUGGGAGGUUUUGUUGUUAUUUCUUCUUCAGAUCAAUGACACUCUUCUAGCAGCUCCAACUGUGCAAGGUGGCAUUGCUGAGAACCUGGCGGAGAAGUUAAUCGGCGUGCUGUUCGAGGUGUGGUUACUCGCCUGCACGCGGUGCUUCCCAACACCCCCCUACUGGAAAACUGCCAAAGAGAUGGUGGCCAACUGGCGACAUCACCCUGCAGUAGUUGAGCAGUGGAGCAAGGUCAUCUGUGCCCUUACGUCCAGGUUGCUGCGUUUUACAUACGGACCUUCGUUUCCUCCGUUCAAGAUUCCCGAUGAAGAUGCUGGUCUGAUUCCUCUGGAAAUGGAUAAUGAGUGCGUUGCACAAACGUGGUUUCGCUUUUUACAUAUGCUGAGUAAUCCUGUGGAUUUGAGUAACCCAGCCAUUAUUAGCUCUACCCCCAAAUUUCAGGAGCAGUUUCUGAAUGUGAGUGGGAUGACUCAAGAGCUGAAUCAGUACCCCUGCCUUAAACAUCUGCCUCAAAUAUUCUUUCGUGCCAUGCGUGGGAUCAGCUGUUUAGUGGAUGCAUUCCUAGGCAUCUCCCGGCCGCGGUCGGACAGCGCUCCGCCGACGCCCGUGAACAGGCUGAGCAUGCCCCAGAACACCGCCACCAACACCACCCCGCCCCACAACCGCCGCCACCGCGCCGUGACUGUGAACAAGGCCACCAUGAAAACCAGCACUGUAACUACUGCACAUACUUCAAAAGUGCAGCACCAACCCUCCUCUACUUCUCCACUCUCUAGCCCAAACCAGACAAGCUCAGAGCCACGGCCGCUCCCAGCUCCUCGCAGGCCAAAGGUUAACAGCAUCUUGAACCUCUUUGGAUCGUGGUUGUUUGAUGCAGCGUUUGUUCACUGUAAACUUCAUAAUGGAAUAAACAGAGACAGCAGCAUGACUGCAUCUUUUAUCCAAAUUCUUCUUUCUUAUAAAUCUUCUAUAGCCACCCAAGCUAGUGUGGAGUUCCGCCGGAAAGGAUCCCAAAUGUCCACAGACACUAUGGCUUCCAACCCCAUGUUUGAUGCGAGUGAAUUCCCAGACAACUAUGAAGCGGGAAGGGCAGAGGCGUGCGGGACACUGUGUAGGAUAUUUUGUAGCAAGAAGACUGGGGAGGAAAUAUUACCAGCUUACCUAUCCCGAUUUUACAUGCUUUUAAUUCAGGGUUUGCAGAUAGCAGAUUUCGUUUGCCACCCCGUUCUUGCCAGUGUUAUCCUAAACUCCCCUCCUCUGUUCUGCUGUGACCUGAAAGGAAUCGAUGUCGUGGUUCCCUACUUCAUUUCGGCUCUUGAAACUAUUUUACCUGACAGAGAACUCUCAAAGUUUAAAAUCUAUGUAAACCCCACAGAGCUAAGAAGAGCUUCCAUUAACAUCUUGUUGUCUCUGUUGCCUCUUCCUCAUCAUUUUGGAACAAUAAAGUCCGAGGUUGUCCUGGAAGGGAAAUUCAGCAAUGAUGACAGCUCGACAUAUGAUAAACCAGUAACAUUCCUGUCCUUGAAGCUGAGGCUUGUGAAUAUACUUAUAGGAGCUUUGCAAACAGAAACAGAUCCCAACAACACUCAAAUGAUACUAGGUGCAAUGUUAAACAUUGUUCAGGAUUCAGCACUGUUAGAAGCCAUUGGCUGUCAGAUGGAAACGAACGGUGGGGAGAACAACCUGUUCAAAAGCCACAGCCGCACCAACAGCGGCAUCAGCACCGCGAGUGGAGGCAGCACAGAGCCCACAACGCCCGACAGCGAGCGACCAGCACAAGCCCUGCUGAGGGAUUAUGCUCUUCAUACAGAUACAGCUGCUGGACUGCUGAUCCGCAGCAUCCACCUGGUAACCCAAAGGCUCAACUCCCAGUGGAGGCAGGACAUGAGCAUCUCCCUGGCUGCCCUGGAGCUGCUCUCUGGACUGGCAAAGGUGAAGGUGGUGGUGGACCCCUGUGAUCGGAAGCGGGCGAUCAGCUCCGUGUGCAGCUACAUCGUGUACCAGUGCAGCCGCCCGGCCCCGCUGCACUCGCGGGACCUGCACUCCAUGAUCGUGGCAGCUUUCCAGUGCCUCUGCGUGUGGCUCACAGAGCACCCCGACAUGCUGGACGAGAAGGACUGUUUGAAGGAGGUACUGGAGAUUGUGGAGCUGGGCAUUUCAGGGAGUAAAUCCAAAACCAGUGAACAGGAGGUCAAGUACAAGGGAGAUAAGGAGCCAAACCCCGCAUCUAUGAGAGUGAAGGAUGCUGCUGAAGCUACACUAACGUGCAUUAUGCAGUUACUUGGAGCCUUUCCUUCUCCCAGUGGUCCUGCUUCUCCUUGCAGCUUGGUGAAUGAAACCACGUUAAUUAAAUAUUCCCGUCUCCCUACCAUAAACAAGCACAGCUUCCGUUACUUUGUUUUGGAUAACAGUGUCAUCCUGGCCAUGUUGGAGCAGCCUCUAGGGAAUGAACAGAAUGACUCUUUCCCCUCUGUCACGGUUUUGAUCCGUGGGACAUCUGGAAGAUUUGCAUGGGCCCAGCAACUCUGUCUUUUACCAAGAGGAGCUAAAGCAAAUCAAAAGACAUUUGUACCAGAACCUCGACCAGCUCCUAAAAAUGAUGUUGGAUUGAAAUACAGUGUGAAACACCGCCCUUUUCCUGAAGAAGUGGACAAGAUUCCAUUUGUGAAAGCUGACUUGAGUAUUCCGGAUUUACAUGAAAUUGUGAAUGAGGAACUCGAAGAGCGGCACGAAAAGCUGAGGAAUGGCAUGGCCCAGCAGAUUGUCUUUGAGACUUCCAUAGAUCAGAAGAGUGAGGAGGAGUGGCGGAAGAAGAGCUUCCCUGACCCGAUCACGGAGUGCAAGCCCCCGCCGCCCGCACAGGAGUUCCAGACCGCGCGCCUCUUCCUCUCUCACUUCGGGUUCCUCUCGCUCGAGGCAUUGAAGGAACCUGCUAACAGUCGUCUACCUCCUCACCUGAUUGCACUUGACUCUGCUCUUCCUGGGUUUUUUGAUGACCUUGGCUACUUGGAUUUACUACCUUGUCGUCCUUUUGAUACUGUUUUCAUUUUCUACAUGAAGGCAGGCCAGAAAACGAGCCAGGAGAUCCUGAAGAACAUGGAGUCUUCCAGAAUUGUUCAGCCCCACUUCCUGGAGUUUUUGUUGUCUCUUGGCUGGUCUGUUGAUGUUGGGAAGCAUCCUGGGUGGACUGGUCAUGUCUCAACAAGCUGGUCAAUCAACAGCUGCAAUAGUGAUGAAGAGGGACCUGAACAAGAGGAUCUGGUUAUCUCAGAAGAUGUUGGGGCAAGUAUCUUCAACGGGCAGAAGAAGGUGCUGUACUAUGCAGAUGCCCUGACAGAAAUCGCCUUUGUUGUCCCGUCGCCGGUGGAGUCCCUGACUGAUUCACUGGAAAGCAGUGUCUCUGACCAGGAAAGUGACUCCAACAUGGAUCUGCUGCCAGGAAUACUGAAGCAGCAGCCUCUGACACUUGAACUCUUCCCCAACCAUACAGACAAUCUUAAUCCCUCACAGCGGCUCAGUCCUACUUCCAGAUCCAAGAGGACGCCUCAGGGCCGGACCAUUCCACCGAUGGGACCUGAAACCAAAGUGUACGUGGUCUGGGUGGAACGUUACGAUGAUAUCGAAAACUUCCCCCUCCCUGAUCUGGUGUCUGAGACAAGCACUGGUGUGGAAACCACAGCCAACAGUAGCACUUCCCUGAGAUCUACCAUUCCUGAGAAGGAAGUUCCUGUGAUCUUCAUCCAUCCUUUAAACACUGGCUUAUUCAGGAUAAAACUACAAGGAGCAACCGGGAAAUUCAACAUGGUCAUCCCACUGGUGGAUGGAAUGAUAGUCAGUAGGAGAGCUCUUGGUUUUUUAGUGAGGCAGACAGUGAUAAAUAUUUGUCGGAGAAAGAGGCUGGAAAGUGAUUCCUACAACCCCCCCCACGUCCGCCGAAAACAGAAAAUAGCAGAUAUUGUCAAUAAAUACCGGAACAGGCAGCUGGAGCCGGAGUUUUAUACCUCACUUUUCCAGGAGGUUGGGCUCAAGAACUGCAACCCCUAGGUCACUAUCCUUCCAGGACAAUUAGAUCAGAGCUUGGUGGCUACACUAAUGAAAACAGUUAAAUAACAACAACAAAUUUCCUCAGCCCUCUGGAAUUCAGGAAAUCAUGUUCUAGCACAAGUCAGCAGAUACCAUGUGGGAGGAAUGAGAAAUGAAUCCAAAACAUUGCAGUUGGGAUAUUGACUUAAUUCACCUACCCUCAAAAGAUUACUGAAUUCCAGUCUUCCUGGAUGCUAGCAACGUAAUCUCUUCACCCAGUCAUCCAUUCCAGACUAAUUAGGAACUGUAGGUGUCUCACUCUGAGGGGAAAACAAUCAAAGUAAAGCCAUCUCUGCAUAUGAGGAUGGAAAACAGAAUCCAAACAAACCUGCCAUCAAACACCUCGCUGCACCCACGUGUCCAAGGGGAAGGGAGCAGGAUCUCUCCUUGGGGGAGAAGUCUGUUUCAGAGCAUUAACCAUCUCUGCAAGAACUUCUAAGACACGUUCAGUCCCCCUUCAGCACUCAACAGAAGAUCCUUCACUGCUUGCAAUCCAUUUGUGUACCAAAAGCAAGAAGAGGAAGAUUGCUUGGAAAUGCCAGGCCCUGAAAUCCAAAGCCCAGAUGCUGUAUGUGGCCAUUCCCUCCAGUCCAUCUGCAUGAGAUUUGUCCUGCUGACAGCAACCACCACCUGAAAUUAACUGACUUUCCAACGGGAGUUGGUACUGGAUAGAAGCUUUUGGUUAUAUAAAAGCAAGGUUGUGACUUUCAGGUCUGUUGCAAAAUGUCACAUUUAAUUUCAGUAGCUUGAUUUUUAUUUUUUUUUUAAUUUUUUUUUUUAUGCAACUACUUAAUUUAUUUUGAAGUGUCUGUAUCACCUACUCACCAUUUCCAUAAAAAGUAUAAACAUCACUUGCCUUCCUUCCAUUGGAUUGAAAUCUGAGAUUCCGGGGCUGCCUCCUCCUUGUUAUUUAUAGCACGAGCAGUUUUCGCAGCUUCUACAACACUUUUCAGAAGCUCCUGUUAAACAGACUAAAACAACUUGAAAAGAAAAUUCAAGAAUUCUUCUUUUUCCCCAUUAACUGCAACUCCUUUGGAGUUCAAACUUCCCAUUGUUUUGA